AUGCGUAUCGAAACCUGUUAUUUCUGCAGCCGGCCGGCGUACCCUUCCAAGGGUAUCACCUUUGUCAGGAACGAUGCCAAAGUCUUCCGAUUCUGCCGGUCGAAAUGCCACAAGAAUUUCAAGAUGAAGCGUAACCCCCGCAAGCUGAAGUGGACCAAGGCCUUCCGCAAGGCCGCCGGCAAGGAGAUGACGGUCGACUCGACGCUGGUGUUCGGCGCGCGGCGCAACGUCCCCGUCAAGUACGACCGCGACUUGGUGCAGAAGACGCUUAAGGCGAUGGACCGCAUCGGCGAGAUCCGCAGGCGGCGCGAGCGCGUCUUCUACAAGCAGCGCAUGGCCGGGAGGAGGGCGCAGCAGCUGCGCGAGGCGCGCAAGCUGGUGGCGUCGCACGAGCACCUGCUGCCCGUCAUGCGCGCGAGCGAACGCAAGCGGCUCGAGGAGGAGGGCGUCGUCGUCGACGAGGCCCAGGUCACGGCGCAGCACAAGAAGAAGCGCGCGGCCAAGGCGUUCGGCGGGGAGGUCAGGCGGAGGAGGGUCACGGUCGAUGGCGAUGUCGUGGAGGACGAGGAGACGGAGCGGGUGCUCGUCGACGAGGACGCCGGGGACGACGACGGGUUCAGCGAGGACGACGGCGAGGACGAUGGCGACGAGGACGACGAUAUGGAUAUGGACUGA